AUGGCCCUCCUGAAAAUCAGAAGCAAGAAUUAUAAUGGUGAAUGUGGUGGGUUCCUGGUGAGCAAGAACUUUGUAAUAACGGCUGCUCACUGUGGCAAGGGAAGGAACAUCACUGUUUAUCUGGGAGCCCAUAAUCUGAAAAAGAAAGAGAAGAGCCAACAAUGCAUCCGAGUGCAGAAGAUGUUCCCUCACAAGAAAUACAACAAGAUGACUCUGGAAAACGACAUCCUGCUGCUGCAGGGUGACUCUGGGGGCUCGCUGGUCUGUGAUGGAGUGGCCCAAGGCAUCGUUUCCUUUGGCAACCAGGAUGGCAGACCUCCGGCAGUGUUCACACGCAUCUCGGCAUUCAUGCCUUGGAUAUGGAAAACUAUGAGACCCAUGGGAGAAGGGGGAGCAAAGGACAGGGGUUAG